AUGCCGAUGGAAGAAGAUGAAGGCUCCUUCAAUGAGAGUCGAUCCAUGCUUACCAGCAAUAUAUCAACAGACCGCAUUCAACAGCAACAUAGCGAUAACGAAUCAAUCGUUAUGAAUGAGCAAGAGUUAAGAAAAGAACUGAUUCAACGUGCCACGAUUCGAUUAAGAAAACAUCUAUUGGAACAAAAUUUGCAAGAAGUGAUGUCUCAAAUUAUCUCAAUGCAAGCACAGCUUGAGUCGAUACGCGUUGACACUGCUAUUACACUGGAUACUUUUUCCAGUUUGUUCAAUGACGGUAAUGGCGAGGAAGAUAUUCCUGAUCUUGAUAUGGAUGAAGAUGGCUCAAGUACAGGCACUACAGCUACCACGAAUAGUACAGCUUCAACAACCUCAGUGUAUAAAAUGAAUCGUCAGCUGGGCUUUCUUGAAAAGCGGCUUUCUGCUCACCAAUGGAGUCUAGUUCAAUUACAACAACAACAGCUUCCGAUUUACGGCAGAAAACAAAAAAAGAGAUUCAGUGCUACACAUGCUAGCACACCUACUUUGCACAAUCCGGUACAAAUGCAAAAGCGAGAUUCCAAUAUAUCGACACUUACUGCAUUAUCCAUGUCGAGACUAUCUUCCAUCUCACUUAUAUCUAGUAUUUUUGGCGAUCGAUCUACUGCUGCUCCUGAUGCUUUUUAUGAGAGUCCUGCAACAAGUAUCGCCAGCAGCAAUUGCAGUGAUUGUAGUAGUAACAGUAGGAAGCAAUCGACAUCACAGAUGUUACAACACAAUACUUCUACCAAUAACAAUCAAAAAAAGCAUGAUAAUAUCUCGCAUAUGAAAAGUAUGCACAGUACAGAAUGGAAACCACUUUUCUUUGAGCAGCAGCAGCAGCAGCAGCAGCAGGACGGCGAUGUGGCUGAUGAGGAUCAGCCCUUCUAUGAUCUGGCCGGCAAACACAGUUUUGGUGUCGGAAGCUUCUGUGGCAGUAUAUAUCACGAGAGCUACAACGAUGACGGCGCAGUAUCCUCCUGCAAUCAUGAUAACCCUCAACCUCGGCCAUUAGCAUCGCAGAAUAGGUGGAAACAACGCCAGCAAAGGAGAAAAGAGCAAAAUUAUCAACUACAGCAGCAACAACAGCAACAAGUACUUGAAAAAAAUACUGAUCAUGAGCCCAUCUUUACUAGUAAAACAACCAAUAAAGACAGUGUGUCGUCAUAUUCAUCAUCCUCUUUUAGCACUACGAACACGUUCUCGUCAGCAGAUGUAGCAGAAAAGCAAUAUCACCUGAUAGAGGAGGACUAUGAUACCAAUGAGCGAAGCGACAACAACAAUAAUAUUCUUUAUCAUCCAUUAUCACCACCCACCCCAAAAAUCACGACAAGAAAGAACAUUGAUGAUCCGGUCCUUCUUCCACAGCAUACGAGUAAAGGAAUACAGAAAGAGUAUGACAACGAUAACCAUUAUGAAAUCAAAAACUGGCUGUCCCAUCCUCCUGGCUGCGAUCCCACCAACAACUGUUGCAAUUACAGCAACCAAUAUCAUAAGGAGCAAAUGGGUCCUAUUGUAGAUCGAAACAUUCUGGAUGAAGCGAUGAGCUUUAUAGCUGGAAUAAGCGAAAAUGGCGACGAUGGUGGUUUCCAAGAGGACUUUUACCUAUUGCUAAAUCAUCCGGAACUGUUAAGUAAACCAUUUUCAGAAAUAGAACCUGCCAUGCACGAAUUGCGUAAAGCAUACUAUGACCAGCAACAGAACGAAAAUCACAGCGGUCAAAUGUUCACUAUCAUGUCAAAAAUACCUAAAGGUGUGUUCCAAUCCUUGAUUCAAUACUCUCGCGGAGCGCUGUAUGACAUUACAUGCCAUACAUUACAAUGGUGUCGAUUUUUGAGUGUUUUAGUGGCAGCUAUUUUGCUAACUUUGUUGAAAGGCCCUGAUGAUAUACGCCGUACCCCCUUUAUCACUCGUUAA